AUGCAUUUCCCAAGCCUCGCAGCAUUCAGCUCUGUCCUCCUAGCCCUCAGCUCAACUAGCGCGGCAUCACCCCUCUCUGAGCCCGUGAAAAGAGGAAGCGGGAUCGGCCAAGGCUUGUUUAUAGGCCUCCAGAAAUACGCCGGCGCCCAGUUCCAAAAGAUCUUUGGCAGCAGUGCACCCUGUGCCGAGUACUUUGAUGGGGAGUUUAUGGCAGGCACAGACCAGGACGGGGCACCUCUUCCGUGGGCUCAUUGCUAUGUUGAGGGCGACCAAAACUUCACCCAGCAGGAUGCCGAUGUGGCGAAAUGCCUGACCAACCUCCACUACGUCCAGGAAGAUACCUGCAUCUCUGUCAAGGGCAGCAUGUGUGACAAUGGGUAUCUGGAUGGAGGCGGCCGUAUCCAGAAUACUCAACUUUCUCUUCUGUACGACGCGCAACUCACUGCAGACCAGUCGAGCGCAAUGCAAUACGCCAUUCAGUCAAUGGUCGGCACUAAUAUCAGGACGGAUAAAACCAAGCAAGACGCCUAUAUGCCGGCAUACUCGGUGACCAAGACGCUAAAUGGGCCUGCUAUAGUGAGCAUGAUAUUGAGAUACAUUGGAGAGCAGGGUUGCUAG